AUGCCACACUCAACAACUUCAGUACCAAUCCAGCACAUCACUGUCAUCGGCAGUGGCUCAAUUGGAGCAUCAUGGGCCGCUCUCUUCCUCGCGCAGGGCCUCAAAGUGACAGCUUUUGAUAUCAAUCCAGCCGCUGAAGCAACGCUGCGAAAGCUCGUCAAAAACGCCCUCCCUGUGCUGAAAUCUCUGGGGUUACUCAAGAACCCUAAUACGUUUCCCGAGGAUAUCACUUUCACCACCGACCUCGCGACAGCCCUCAAACAUGCCGACUUUGUACAAGAGAAUGGUCCGGAGCGCCUCGAUCUCAAGCAGCAACUAUUCAACAACAUGGCCGCCCUCGUGCGCCCCGAUACCAUCAUCGCCACAUCAUCAAGUGGCUUAACUUGCACAUCCAUUCAGUCCGGUAUGGGUGCGGAUACACACCGAGAGCGCAUUGUAAUCGGGCAUCCCUUCAACCCGCCGCAUUUGAUCCCACUCGUAGAAGUUGUUGGCGGCGAGCAGACUGCACCAGAGACGAUUGAGCGCACAAUGGCUUUCUACACAGCCAUUGGCAAGAAAGCUGUGCAUGUCAAGAAGGAAGUGGUUGGACACAUUGCCAACCGACUACAGGCAGCACUGAUGCGCGAGAUGCUGCACAUGGUGCAAAAUGACAUCUGCAGCAUCUCCGACAUUGACGAUGCCAUGGCGUACGGACCAGGACUACGUUGGGGUAUUAUGGGUCCUAAUACGCUAUUUCAUCUUGCAGGCGGCGAGCAGGGUGCGCAGCACAUGGCGAAUCAUCUUUUGGGACCGCUGACUACGUGGUGGGCACAAAAGGAUCCCGUACUAGACGACGAUCUGAGAAAGAAGUGGGUUGAGGGCACGAUGGAAGCAGUUGCUGAAAGGAAAUUUGAUGAUCUGGUCACACAGCGGGAUUCAGAGUUGGUUAGGCUGCUGAAUUUGAGGAAGGAAUCAUAUCAAAGAAAUAUAUUAGGACACUCUACAACACACAUCAUGCCCUCAAUCACUGAGCUGCCCCAGCAAGCUCCAUCGAAACAACAUCUAUACAUCCUCGACGCAUCACUAUCCUCGCCCAACCACUCUGGUGGCCGCAUUAUCUCCUGUAACACAGAUGGCAGCGACUUGAAGCCCGUUGUCUCACCGCUCCCGACACUGCCAGACGGGGUGACAAUCGAUCACGACAAUGGCAUUAUGUGGUGGACAAACAUGGGCACUGCGCUCUCCACCAACACAGGCAGUAUAGAGACAGCCUCACUCGACGGCUCCAACCGCCGAAUUGUCGUCCCUACUGGCACAAAGGGCGUCUGGACGCCCAAGCAAAUCACUCUCGCAAAGGAAAGUCGCACACUUUACUGGUGCGACCGUGAAGGCAUGAAAGUCAUGCGCAUGCCACUGGCAACAGAGGAGCCUGAAGUACUCUUAUCAACAGGCAACCCACAUAGCACAGCAGAUGCAGCAGAUACGCGGAACUGGUGUGUCGGCAUUGCUGUUGACGAACGCAGAGGUUGGUUCUACUGGACACAAAAGGGCGCAUCAAAGGGAAAUGCCGGUGCCAUCUACCGCGCGCGCAUCGAUAACACGGAGGUGCGCGAGAAGGUUUUCGAGAACCUACCUGAGCCGAUUGACCUAGAGCUGGAUGAGGAGAAUGCUGUGUUGUACUGGACGGACCGUGGGGAUCCGCCCAGGGGUAACACUUUGAACAGAGCAUUUGUUGGAGGCGGCGAGGAGCCAAUUGGGGAAAUUGAGAUUCUUGCGAGCCGAUUUCAUGAGACUAUUGGGCUUGCAUUAGACCUAGAGAAGGGCGUUGUGUAUGUAAGUGACCUUGCGGGUGGCGUGUAUGCGGUUGAUCUUCAGACACGGAAGAAGAAGGUAUUGUUCCCCGAGUUAGGGGAUGUGACUGGCAUCGCGCUUUUGUAGAUAUUUGUAAAACAUAAUUCAAGCAUAAUACCUUGUCA